GCCAGUGUGAAUUUUGAUCGAUUGAGGACACUUGAAUCAUAUAGACAUCGUCCUGGGAUUUCACCUUGCUAGCUUGCUAUGUGGCUAGCUAGCGAUAACACGAAUUGGAUUGCUAUCUAACGUUGUAAACUAGCUAACUGGCUUGCUACUUCCAUUUGCUAACGUUGCAUUACAAAAUAAGUACUGUUCGCUAUUUUGGAAGCUUGCAAGUUUGAUGAGAUUUUGAUGAUGUUUCUGGGCCUAAAACGACACUGGUGUCCAAAGACGUUGGCUUGCAAACGUGUCGCUAGCUCGGUAGCUUCCUAACUUACCAGUUGACGAGCAAUCACUACCGCUAGUACAAAGCUUGACUUUGAAAUUGCAAUGGAAACCAUAGAAGAAUUUGAGUACAGUAUUAUGCAAAAGAAGAUGAAAAUCCCCAAACUGUCCACUAAAGGUGUGGGUAAUUCAGUUGAGAACCACUUUGGGGAGGAACGACUGCCACUCAGACAUAAAAAGGCCCAAGUGCAAGACCACAGUCGCCCCAGCACCAACUCCUCCAAGAGCCUGGCGGCGGUGGUGGCGCGGCUGGAGCGCAACGCCGUGAGCCUGUGCGUCGAGGGGGACGACGACCUGGCCGAGGAGGAGGAGGAGGAGGAAGAGGAGGAGGAGGAGGAGGAGGGGGACUCGGGCACGGAGGAGGCGGUGGUGCCCCGCGUGCUGUACGAGGAGCUGGUGCACAGCUACCGGCAGCAGGAGGAGGAGAUGAGGCGGCUGCAGCAGGAGCUGGAGCGGACGCGGAGGCAGCUGGUGCAGCAGGCCAAGAAGCUGAAGGAGUACAGCAGCCUCCUGACGGAGGUGAAGGAGCUGCGCGACUUCAACAGGAGGCUGCAGGACGUCCUGCUCAUGAGGCUCGGCAGCGAACCUAUGCACGACAAUGGCACCCAGACAAUCAAGGCAGAAGUGGUGGAGCCCAUUAUCGAGCCACAGGAAGUGUGCAGAGAGGAGGCAAACACCAGCUCCAGCCACUCGCCCUCCCCGAGAACUGUGUACACUUUUACAGAUGGCAAGGUGCACCUCGGCGGGGGCAUCUGGGUGGAGGAGGAGAAGUGGCACCAGCUGCAGCGCACGCAGGGCGACUCCAAGUUCACCAAAAACCUGGCCGUCAUGAUCUGGGGCACGGAGACGCUCAAGAACAGGAGCGUCACGGGCGUGGCCACCAAAAAGAAGAAGGACGCCCUGCCUAAGCCGCCGCUCUCCCCCAGCAAACUCAAAAUCGUCAGAGAAUGUCUGUAUGACAGAGUAUCCCAAGAAACGGCGGACAGCGCUGAGAUCACACAAAGAUUGUCCAAAGUGAACAAAUACAUAUGUGAAAAGAUAAUGGAUAUCAACAAAUCCAUCAAGAACGAGGAGAGGCGGGAGUCCAAGCUGCUCAUUAGACAGACGGUCAAGAUGGAAAAUUUCAGCUACGAUGGCAUGUAGUGAUUAAAAGUUGUCACCAUAGCUCAUUCUGCUCUUCUUGGACUGCCAAAAAAAGGAAGAGGGUGGACAGGAUCAUCACUGCUGCCAUUUGAGAUUUUUCACUGGAAGGCCCAGAUGAGGCCUUUUCGACUUCUCAAACAAACUGCUGCGUGUCAGACAGCUUUACCACUCCGUGAACGUAGUCAGCGGUCGGUAUGAGUCAUAUGAGAAAUUGAGUGGAGUUUAUUUUUUAUAAGUUUUGGGGUGAGGGCUGGGAAUGGGAAGGGGGGGGUGGGGCAGGUGUGUGUAAGUUGGGGAAGAUCCUUUCCAUCUUGGUGUGAAAGAAUAUGGUGGUCCGAAAAACAGCUGUUCUGUGUCAGAACAUGGCAUCGUGUCCUAACGCGUUGUAUAGAAGAGCAAGAAUAUACCUUCAGAUAAAAGUUUUCUAAUUUUAGGAAGACUUGGUAAGAGAAUUGACUCUGGACAGUAUACGGCGUUUAGAGGAUGCAGUUUUAUAGAGUGCCACCCGUGUGCGAGGUCUGUUUUGAGUACGGCUGGUACUUUUCGCAGUGACUUGGAGACGCACUUUUUCAACAGGGGUUUUAACUCUGUAUGUCUUAAUGGCUGGAGACCAUAACCUCUGCUGUUGAUAUCCCGUUGUCCUGAAUAUUGAUGCUCGUUUUAAUAGGGAUUAUCAUUAGUCUAAUUAGGUAAGGGGGAAUUGGUCCUAGUUUUAUGGGGCUGUAACCAGGCACCCCUGGUUUACUCUUGUGUAUUUUGUCUCUAUUUUCUCUAGAGCAGCACUUAGCACUUGCUCUUGUAAUAAUUUAAUGCAGAAAUCCCUCUGUAUACCCCAGAUAUUUCAGUAUGCAAGGUAGGAGUGCUGUAGGUCCUGAUGUAAGAUUGUCUAUGCUGCCGUUUCAGUACAGUCAGGGAUGCAUACAAGUUUCGAACUGUGAAUUUAGCAAUGUGAGGAAAAAAUGAGAAUUUUUUCUUUUAGAUACAACUGUGAACACAUCCUUUUUCUGCUCAUCUAUGUCCUCAACAGGACGUUGAUGAGGGGGCCCCUCCAAAGUUGGCAAACGGCAAUGACGUAACAAAGAUGCGUGCACAUUUUGGCAACAGGAAGCAAGCUGAGGGACUGCGAAGCAGCUAACCUUUCAAGAUCGCAAGUUAUCUUAGUAAACCUUCCCUACCAACCGAUGAAAAUAUUCCAGAUCCCUGUAGUAUGACUAGAUGAUGGGGUGUUGCCAUAUCACGUUUACUGGGACACGGCGAGUUCGGAUGUGUCUAGAUGAAAUGGGAUCGUAGCCCACUUUCUGGGCAGUCGUAAAAUUGAAUUAAUACGGCACAUAUAUACAUAAAACUGUGUGGCUAGCUCAGGGUUGAUGUAACAAAUUUUUCAAAGAUAUUCGAUGUAAAUCAACUGUUCUUGAUCGUAUCUUUCAACUUCUGCAAUGACAAGUUGAUAUUGAUUUUUUUAAGCUGACUGCCACAUCACUGGUAUCAACGCUAAGUAGCGUUGCCAGAUGGAAAGUACAGCAAUAUCACAUUGAGACUUUAAAAUGAUUUUACCGCAAACUAUCAUACGUAAAGAAAUGACCAGGAAGCAUAGAUGGACUUUGCCAUCUCUGACAGUGGGCAACUUAACGAUUGUGGACCUGGACAAAAUACCGAGGGCCAUUUUUAUAAGCAUGGCAGUGUUGAUUGUACCUGGAAAAAAAAAAACAAAGAUAAAUAGUAUUCAUGUUUUUCUACCACUGAUAUCUUAAAGUUCCCUCCACAAGUUAAUGGCAUCCAAAGUGAAGAUACUGUCACUGUUGUUUUAAACUUUAUUUUCAGGGAUGUGAGUGGUUGGGACCUGUUCCCCAGCUGAGCUUUAAGUCUACCAACACCUCCGGUAGAGGAUGUCUCAAAAAGGUUCCCUGAUUAGUGGCCGGGCAUAUACAUGUAUUUGGUUGAGAAACCUAACAUGCACACAUAUACUGCCAUAAAAGCAACAGUUGACAUUUAUGUAUGUCAUUGUAUUUCAGUAGUUAAGAAAAAGAUUGUGUGAACCUACUCCCUCCCUGUCACACCGGUUUCCAUGAAGACAAAGCAGUACUUCCGUUGCCAAAAUGCGUGCGCAUGUUUUUAAUGACGUAGGUUAUGAAAGGGUAUUAUAGUGUAGUGCAUACAUUUUGCAGGGCCUUAUUUUUUUUUUAAAAACAAUCACAGAGGGUUGCGCUGUCUGUUCUGUAAGUAAGCUGUGAUUGUAAUGUAAGCUGAUAUUGCUUAAGCUGCACUUUGGUGUUUGCACGUCAAGUGUUUCCGGGUUCUGCGUUUAAGUGCGUGUAAAGCUGUCAACGCCAGUGGGGCUUUGAUGCCCUGUUCCCCCUUCCAGGCCUAAAAAACGGCAGAAUUCCUGGCCUCCUCCAAACCUCUUCUGUCAGGCUCACCAGUGGGAAUGAAAUAAGGUAUAGUGACAACUUCCAGCGAGACAUGCCAUCAGAACUUUCCUCAAGUGUUUUCUGUUUAUUUUUUCCCCAAAAGGUUUGUGUGGCCAUCUGCAAUAGAGAACUAAAUGCUGCAGAUUGAAUUCUCAACUGUGACCAUGUUUCUAACUGUGAUUCACCUGCAGGCCUGCCCUUCAAGCAGAAAAGCUAUCGCUCCUUGAGAUUUCCCUUUGUUCUGUUUUCGUAUUUGAUCCACCUCCUGUUAAGCUAUCAUUUUUCCAGGUUGUUUUUGGAGUAUGUCAUUCUUUUUUUUUUUUUUUCUCCUCUCUCAAAACAAGAACAUUUUAGAAUUUUAGUCCAGGUUGCACCACACCUUGUUCAGCUCCUGGUCUGCGUAUUACUGCUAACUUUUGUAAUUUCACCUUUGCUAAGCUCAUUUAUUUUUAUUUUGUGUUUUAUAGCUCCCUUGUUGGUUUUAUGCUUUUUCAUGCAUAGAAAUAUAGAUAUUAUGUCUCUGUACUGAGAGAAAAACAGUAACCCUUCUUCAUUGUGGCAAUUAACCGAUAGCACAUAAGGAAACCCAUAACUUUAAUUGAUACUGUUUAUACUUGGGCUUUAUACCUGUGCUUAUGGACAGUUGUGAAGUAUAAGUCCAAACCAUUCUGUUUUCUUCACUAUCUUUAAAGGUACACUCUACGUACCUAGAAUGAAUGGUAUCUUAUAUACUGGGUUGAAUACUUCAAUUGAGCCAUUCACCUCCUAAGGUCAGUGUUUUAAACCCAGUUUGUGAGAUCUGGUGAAUACACAACUUUGUAUAUCAUAUCAUUUUCUGAUAUUUGUGGCCAAGUUAUGGCUUUCCUGAAGGCGCAGUCCUUUAAGAUCUCUGAGAUCCCUGGACUGUUUGCCAUUUUAAACACCACCACUUUUUGCAUUUAGUAUGUCUCAUCUACGCAACAUUUUCAAAUUGAAUUUGUGAUUUUUCACCUAUUCAAACAGACCCUCUAUAUAGAGGUCCUCCAUUUUACGUUUAGAACACAGCUUACCUCUUACAGGAAACAAUACGAUCAAACUACACAGACAAAAAUGCUAUGGUUGUACUCAAGUGAUUUAGCUUAAAUUGUAUUGUUUUAUGUGAAUUGUAUAUCCAGCUGUUUGGAUGAUGCUUUAAAGUGAAAGUCACGGAUAGGUGAGAAUACUGGGAGAUGAGAAGCCAAAGGAAACUCAUUUGUUUCAUCACAAAUGGAUCUCCCGUUAUGUUCAAGUAAAUGUUCUAAUCUGUUUUACAGUGCAGUAGCUAUACAUGCGCGCUUGAACCAUGUGUACCUGGUAUGUGAGGAGUGUCAUAAGACGUGAACAGCGUGCGAGAAGAACAUAAGCGUGCUUUUAAUUCAUUCCACACUCGGUCUUCUCCAGUAGCUUUGACGUUAAUGUAAUUAACAGGGCUCGCCAACUGGAUGCAACUCCAGAUAUUUUAUUCACAUUUAAGACCCACAAAGUCUUUGAAACCUGAGAGCGAGUUGUCAUUUCACCUUCAUAACUCAACGGAAAUCAUGUUCUCAGCCUUUUCAACAUUGACGCUAUUCUGAAGAACCGAGUAUUGGUGAUCUUCACGGUGGACAAAUGUUGGAUCCCUUUUGUGCAACUGGAUAGUUUGUGUCCCGUAAUGGCCGUUGAGUUGGGGUGAGAAGCUCCACCCCUCAGGGGUUUGGCAUGUUCCUUCUGGAUACAUGGAUAGCACCUUUUCAAAGCAUUGAGACCCGAGGAAAUGGGCGAUUCCGCUUUAAGUCCGAUCACCACUGCGCACUGUAACAUCUUUAAUCACCUGUGGUGAUUUAUUGACCAGGUGCUCGUGGGACCAGAGAUUUUCACCCUUGCUGAAGUGUGUAUUUUUACUGUGCACUGCUUCUUGUUAACAGGGUGCUUUAUGGAGGUAAAUAAAGAUGCUAAGCCAAAGUAUGGGAUAAUGACACUCACCAUUUGGGAGAAAACUAAUGGUAAAUUUGCUGGAAUUGAACUUGCACAAAAUUACCCCUGCAGAGUGCAGGGGUGUUCAUCUAAUACUCUAUAGCUGCCACAGAGGAUAAAGAUAUUUCCUGUGUUUUAAUUGUUUUUUGUUGUGGUUGCUAUCAUGCAAUAAUUUGCAUCGGAAUCUACAGGGCCCUGGAGGGUAAUGUUUGUGGUACCAUAUGUCUGCUACAUCAAGGUUUAUGGUAGCCAUGAAUGCACUUCUGUUGUGUGGACCCUGGAGCUUUCCUUUAAAUCAUGGUGUUGGGUUUUUGUUUACUUGUUUACUUUUUCGCUUUAUUUCCUGAUGCCAAAAUGAAAGGGGAGGAGUGGAAUUGCUCUAUGUGCAGUUUGAUAUAUUUGUAUACUUGUAUACAGCUGUGAUGACGAGAUGUUAGACCUCAUCAGCUUAGCUGCAGAACUGCUCAGUUACAGACUACAAACCACAAGCUGAGGACCAGUCUAAGUGUCUCAAUGCCACAGCAAACUGCCCAGUGCUCCUACCAUGAAAUCCCACGUAGGCUGUGAUGUCACUUCCUUCAGUUUAUCGCCUGCAGAAAAUUUUAGUCAAGUAUGGUAUAGUUGUCAUUUGCCUUACUGCUUUAGAGAAUCAGAUCCAUUUUAUGUUAUGCACCUUGUGUAAAGUGUGAAAGGACACUCAAAGUGUCUAUUCUCAGACUGUUUGUUGCUUUAAGGCAGACAGAUUGGUCAAAUCUUGUGAAAUCAUUUGCAGUUUUACAUAUGUUAUCAACAAGUGAAAACUUUAGCUUCACCAUCCUACCUCAUUGCUCUACUUGUAUGUGCAUACAUUUUAAAAGCUUAUGAAACGAUUAGAAACGUUAGUGCUCCUUAACACUGAGGAACCAGUAGCAUGUACAUAGGCAACUUCAAGCUAACAUAAGAAAGGAUUUUUCUUAACUUCAUGAAAAAGAUGCCAUUGUUAGGGAUGUUAAGUAAUGUCAUUCCUUCCUACAUUUGCUUUAUCAAUGUUCUAAAUAUAGCCAAUUAGAAAAAAAACUAAUAGAUAUAACUAGCUCUGGUCAUUACCAAUUUUUUAUUUUAUUUUUUUAAGUUGUUGAUGGUGCUAUGAGCAAAUGUGGUGACACUGUAUCUCUUACCUCCAGUGGUGCUAGCUUUUUCUAACAAUAAUUUCAUUUUCUUUCAGCUGUUCAGUUGAUCUGUCCUGAAAAUGUUAUCCGAUGAGGUUUUUGCCCGUAGUAGAAUGCAGAUUUUGAGCUGGAGCCUUUCACCAUUAUUCGUAACCACAGAAAAGGCAAGCCUGAUUGUUUUCUGUCCGUUUAGAAGGAAAUCUGGACUUAAAUCCAUGGAUCGUGUCAGUCAAUUAUUGUUGGAUCAUUGUUUCAUGGUUUCCUUGGAAAAAGUCCACUAGUUGACGUAUGUGUAGUUGAGAUGCUAAUGUUAAUUCGAUUAGGUAAAUAUUUAGUACGACAACCCUUUAUCACACCAUGUCAGCCAAAGUGUAUAAUGAGAAAUUGUUGUACGAUAGACUUCAGAGUUCAUUGUUCAUAGCUUUAUGGACGUUGUGAGUGUAGGCACAUUAAUCAGAAUACAAUGGCCACAUACUGCAGCGGUCAUUUGUCAGUUAAAUUAACAGUUGCACUUGAGCCUGGUCUGUAAUGCACAUUUCCUUCUGGGCAGUCAGUGUACAUUAACACGGUCCUCAGCACGCACGGUUGAUUGUCUGAAUUUGUUCAGUGCAGUGUUAAUGCUAGACAGAAAGACGGUUACCAUGAUUACCUGUAUGUAAUUUGCUGAGAGGUUAGGUCAUGGAUUUGUGAUGACCUGCUGUCAGAGCUGUGCUCCUAUUGGACAGAGGGGAGAUGUGAAUGCAGUAGAGAAGUGGCUCAGACUGAGGGAAUGAAUUGUCUUCUCAUUUAUGAUGCCUGAAAAGAAGCGUCUGUUCAUGAGGACUUUGUUGAUUAAGGGAAAUCAUAUGGAGUGCAUCGUGAAUAUUUUCUUUUGCCCCUAAAAUUAUAUUAUAUUUUUAUUUGGAGUAUUACAUCACCAAUUGUAAAUUAUCUCCCAUUUAUUUGAACUUUUACAUCCGUUUUAUUUUUCCUGCUGCUGACCAGUUUAAUCUAAAUUUAUAUUUAAGAAAUAUAUAUAUAUAUAUAUGUAUAUAUAUACAUUUUAAGAGAUCCAUUGGUGAAAAAUGUUUUGAAGUGUGGUUCCCAAUGUCAAAUGGUGAUUGGAUGGACGCAUGGGGUCACAGGGAUGAACUAUUUUCUCAGGUCAUUCCUGUGAAUGCUGUGGUCCAGAGAAGGCUUCAGAAUGAAGCAGAGGAUGGAGAGUUCUCCAUCUCAUUAUUGGGGCCUUGUUCUGGUUUGGGUUAAAACGGGAGAUACGUGGUGUCCCAGGAACCAGCAGGAUAUGGCAGGAGACACUGAGCCAGUCUAUCUGUUUGGCACUUACCUGGAGCAAUCUUAUUGAAAGAAGAAAACUGUCCUGGCAAUUGUCACAGUUCUGCUGUGUGACUGAAUUUGCCUCUUAGCAUCAUUUUCUGUGUGUUUGCUGCAGUCCAGGUACUCCUGUUAAAUGUACAGAUCUAAAGAAUAAAUGCAGACUUUUAUUCUAAGAAAAGAAGCCUUGAUGGCUUGGCUGCGUGUCGUAUUUGUGUCCUCAUUUUUAAUGACUUGCACCUUUUAUUUUAGUUCCACCUUUUCUCAGAUUCAGCUGCGAGGACCUCGCUGUUCUCAAAAAAAAAAAAAAAAAA